AUGUAUACGAGAUUAGAAUAUAUAACGUGUAGUACCAAUUGUAUCGAUUUCUCAACGAGUCUGUAUAAUUUAUUCCAAAUAUAAUCUCGGUUUUAUCUAAUAUUAUACGAGCAGCAUCGUCAAAUGAGAUAUAACAAAUGUUAAAAUUCUCAUCAUUUAUUAAUAAAUCCUGAUAAAUAUUGCCAUUAAACUUUUGAACUAAUCGGCAAACAUAUAAGAAACGUUGAAAUGAAAAAUACAAUCUAAGGAAUGAUCGCGAACGGUGUCUCAUGCAUAUGAAAAGGAAAAUGUGCGAGCCUAAUCUUCAGAGGGAUACAUUUUACGUUUAUUGCGGAUAAAAAAGGAUAUAAGUGUUCGUACAAAGAACGUAUACACAGAAUAGAAGGACUAGUUGUUUCAUAAAAUAUGAUCGAGGGUAAUACAAAAUGUUGCCCAAUUCAAAGUAAGUAGCUCUGAUAUUUGGGACGAAUGCGCCAAGCUUACCGCACAAGAGAGAUAGAAAAGAACAGAGAAAGAUACGCACGGUAGACCAGUAUAGAGCGGCACGGGCAGCUACGAUCGACGAUACUAUUUUUCUUUAAAACAAGCAUUACACAAAUUAAAAAUUAAGCGCUCACUACGAAAAGGCUUUAUAAUAUUAUAACGAAACCAUGGAACCUUGCGAGAACCGAUCACAGGAGAAAGUACAAGAAGGUGAAUAUGGUUUCUUUUGGCAAGAUUAUCUUGAUGCUACAGAAAGCGUGGAAGUACCACAGAUUAUGUUUCCACAUGUGGAACUGACACUUCAAAGUGGUAUUGAAAUUGGCAUGUCCCUUGAAGUGCCAAUUUCAAAAAAUACAAAUGAAGAUAAUACUAAAUAUUGGGUUGCCUCUAUUGUGGUCGCAUGUGGACCUUUAUUACGCUUACGGUAUUAUGGUGGAGAUGAUAGGUCAUUGGAAUUUUGGUGCAACCUUACCAAAGAGGCUGCUCAUGAACUUGGUUGGUGUAUGAAAAAUGAUAAAAAAUUAGAACCACCUGAUGUUGUGCUUGAAAGAUCACCAGAUUGUAUGGAAAAAUUACCUGAAUUCCUAAAAACAGUCCGUACUGUUCCACCAGAAAUGUUAUCAGGAGAAGGUCUGAGUAUGACAGAAAGGAUCAAACAAGGCAUGAAAGUUGAAGUCAGUGAUAUACUACAUCCUUAUAAAUUAUGGGUAGCUACGAUUAUAGAAAAUGUAGGAGGAAGACUUCUUUUAAGAUACGAUACUCCUGGUUCAUUACGUAAAGAUUUUUGGAUGUUCUGUACUUCAGAGCACCUUCAUCCAUAUGGAUUUACAUCCAAAUCAGAUUCUAAUUGGUUUUUAGAGCCUCCUAGUUCCAUAGUGGAUCUGCAUACUUAUGAAGAAUGGAAAGAUCUGUUAGAAUCGAUACCAAAAAAUUAUGAUCUUCCAGAAGAGUUAUUUAAUAACAGUAUAAAACAUCCCAAGCACGAAUUUAAAGUUGGUAUGAAGGUGGAAGCUUUAAGCCCAACCAAUCAAAUAAACAUAUGUCCAGCUACUGUUAUUAAAGUGUUUGAUGAUACUUAUUUUCUUGUACAUAUUGAUACUUAUGAUGAAUUAUCAAAGGGAAUGGAUAUUGAAACAUGUAUGUACAACAGUACAGUAAAGAAUACUUGGCUUUGUACAGCAGAACACCCAUAUAUUUUUCCUGUUGGAUGGGCAAAAAAGCACAAUAUUAAAAUAGUACAUCCAAAUGGUUGGACUUCAAAGGAAGAAGAAUUUGAUUGGGAUGAAUAUUUAAGAGACACUCAAGCAAUUGCUGCAGAAGAAAAAUUAUUUCCUGAAAGGCAAAAUGCCAUUGAAGCUGGCUUCGAAUGUGGUAUGCGAUUGGAAGCAGUUGAUCCAGAAUACGAAAAUGUUAUUUGCGCCGCGCAUAUUACAAAAAUCGUUGACAAUCUCUUAUGGUUAAAACUAGAUAAUUAUGAAAACACGAAACCUGAACAUAUAGUUGACAUGCAUUCCUUGCAAAUAUUUCCUGUCGGUUGGUGCGAAUCUAAUCAUUAUCCGUUGAAACCACCAAAAGACUACAUAGAAGUUUGUAAAAAGUUACAAAUGCCUGAGAAAGACGACAAAAAGAAUAAUGUCCUGGAUAUACCAAUAUCUGAACCGCGCUCUUCGUUAUGGUGUCCAAAGAUAUAUUUCAACUACCGUUGUUUCACGGGUCCUAUGAUUUCCAAAGGAAAAUUAGCAACUUUACCGAAAGCAGUAGGACCUGGUCCCGUAAUAUUAGUCAUGAGAGAAGUAUUAUCAAUGAUUGUAUCCGUUGGCUAUAGAAGCGCUCGAAUAUUAAAGGUACUUCAAUGCGAUUCAAAACCGGAUCCUGGAUAUCAUUUAGAGGUCUUAAAAGCAAAACAUAAGAACAACACGUAUCGCGCCAGCGUUGCUGUUGUAACGUCUGGUGAUAUGGUAGCUGAUUUUUGUAAAAGUAUUUGUCGAAAAUUAAUGGUAUGCCCAAAUUUAUUUGGUCCUUUAUAUGUACCCGAAAAUGAAUGCCCAGAUAAAUGUCACAAGACGUCUAAAGCAAAAUUCACAGCAUCUAUGGGCACUGGAAGAAGGGGAAAACCAAAGGGUUAUACAAGUAUUAUGGUGCAGAAACCAAAACCAUGGGGUGGUAGACGAAAAAGGAGACGGGGUAGAUGGGCGAACAGAGAAAAGGAAGCGCACGAUGAUUACGAUCAAGAAGAUGAAAUGCCAUUUAUGUCGUUGGAUCUAGCUAAACACGUAUCAGGAAUUGAAGAAACGCUCGAUGGAAGACCACCGUUAUCCGAAAUAGAUAUAAUGAUCCAGAAAGGUCUAGAGAAAGGGGAAAAAUCUGAUGAAUUUAAAACCGAACCACCUUCGAGUAACGCAUCAGAAGAUUCUGGAAGUUCGUUUAAUGAUAACAGAAAAACAAAAGAUAGAGAAAGUCCUAGUAGUUUAAGUAACAAACAACAUUCGUCGAAAUAUAAUCAAAGUAAUACCAUUACUAGAGCAAGCAAGAGAGAACGUGAUUGGGAUACAAGUAUCGAGUCUGAUUGUUCGGAUGCAGAUGCAGAAUAUGUGAGAAUGCAGAAGAAACAGAGACGGCCAAAAACACGGAAGCUUGAUUCGAAUCCAUUAUUUUGGACCGUGGAUGAUGUUUUUAGAUAUUUGAGAAAAACGAAUGAUUGCAAAGAUUUAGCGUACCGAGUAAGACAAGAGGAAAUUGAUGGUCUGGCGUUUUUAUUGUUAAAUUUACCGUCGCUAACGCAACAUAUGAAACUUCGGACCAGUCUAGCAAUGAAACUUUGCCGUCACGUUGAACAGGUUAAAGUUACGUUCUUUUUACGGCACAUCAAUGAAACGGAACCAGAUCAGUAUCAAAUUGUAUAAUUUUAACAAUUAGGUAUUCAAUUCGUUAUAUUAUUUAUACGUAUAGUGUAAUAUAUUGCAUCAUGAAAGAUACUUGAUAUCCAGAUGUUUAUUGUAUAAUAAUGACAAGACGAUUUUUAUUUAUAUAGAAAUGCAAGACUGCAUUACUUUUAAAUAGAUAUAUAAAGUAUUAGUUAUUGCCCUGUAUAUUUAAAUUAUUUUUGUUAUAUAUUACAUUUUUAGAAAAAAAUUCUAUUAAUUAAGCUGAUUAAGAUAUAAUCGGAGAAAAGAGUACCUAAAAUAUUAAAGGAUAUUCUUUUUAAAAUUAUAUAAAAUUUGUACAAAAAACAAUCUUGAUUGUAAAUUUCUUUCUACCAUUAGUAUUAUUAUUAUUAACAUUUUUAUAAACUCGUUAAAUUUUUAUUUUGUACAUUGACAAUAAACAUACGAAUUCAUAGUUGAAAUGAAAGUUUGAUGUAGCGUGUGAACUAUGCUUUCAGUUCAACAAAUAGAUUUAAGUAGGACAUUCGUUUUCGCGUAGCGUAAUCUAAAUUUGCAACAAUGCUGUUACACGCUUUAUGCACUAGACUGUACUUUUUGAAACUCUGCCAAAUUAUUCGUACUACAGAUAGCAUGUUAAGUAUUUUGACUUAUAAACCACCAUUGUAACUUUCAUUUUAUAACUAUAAUGCAAAUAAAACCUAUGAUUUUUUAAGUACAUAUCAAA